UUGGCGGCCUGCCCGUGCAGCGUGUGGUACAAUCCACAUUGUCUCCGCCCCCUUAUUCGCACUCAGAUGGUCUCGUCCUAUUCUCAAUGCGGGCGUUCCCGCCAUCCCUCAUCGGCUUCGUUAAUCUCCGUCAGCAUCGGAAACGUUCCGAGCGCGCCUUCGUCAACCUUCGGAAGUCUUCGGAACGCGUCGGAGAACUUCGGAAACAUUCGGAGAGUUGUGAGGAACUUCUCGGAAAUCCCAUGAUUUCCACAUCCCAAAGAAACGAAGCGUCCAAAACAUCCCGUCAAUAGUUAGAAAAAUCCCGUCAACAAUUAGAAAAAUCCCGUCAACAAUUAGAAAAAUCGGGGCUUGUUUCCUCCUGGGUUUAUAAAGUCUAUGUUGGUUUUUCCAAGUCACAGGAAGAUCCCUUCCCGCUCCUCCCACCUUCCACGGAUUUUCUUAUAAAUUCAGGAAAUUCGCCACAUUUUUGGGGGGUGUUGAGCGACAUUUGGAUGUGGAGAAACAUCCAGUGACCCGUGGAAAAUCCCUGUCCUGAGCUGAACUGCAGGUGGGAAGAGGAUUUUUGGGAAACAUCGAGUCCAAUCAUCAACCGUGGGUUUGGGGAGGGCUUUUGGGCAGGGAAAGAGGAACCCGUGAGGGGAAAAGUUUCCAAAUCUCCUUAUAAAAUCUUCUUCCGGUAAUUUUUUACCCUAAAACUCUUCUUAAUGAAAAUCCUCACACGCAGAGGCUUUCGGAAAACUUCGGCAACAUUCGGAGGGGAUCGGAGAGCUUUGGAGGCGCUCGGAAACGCUCGGCAUUAACCGGAAAAACCCGACGAGCCCUUCGUGCGUCCCCGCCAGCCUUCGGCACCUCCCGAAGCGGCGGCGCUCGGCUGUUUCCGGCGGUGCUCGGGUGUUUCCGGCGGCCGCCGGGGCGCUGCCUCAGGGCGGGCGCCAUUUUGUGUGUCCGCCCGCGGAGCGCGGGGCGCGGGCGGAGGAGCCGCCGGGCCGAGCCCCCCGCGCCGUUCAGUGACUGUGCCCCACGUUCUCCACCCCUUGCCCGUUGCCCAUGGCCGUGGAGAGCCCGAGUGUCCCCCCCGCCGCCGCCGCCUCCCCCCCCAGCCCGCACUGCACUCCCCCUUCUCCGUCCUGCCACGGCAGCUGCAGCCUCCCCCGGCCGCCGCCGCCGCUCCAAGGCCACCAUCACGGCCCGGACGAAAGGGAGGAUGGGGAGCUGGAGGAGGGCGAGCUGGAGGACGAGGGCCCCGAGGAGAGCCCGGAACGUUCUCACCGGUCCCGCUCCCAAUCGCGGCGCGAGCGGCGCCACAGCGGCUCCGAGGACGAGCGCGCGCACCGGCGCCUCAAGAGGAAACGCCGCAAGGACAAGGACAAGAGGAGAGCCAAGAAGAAAAGGAAAUCCAAGCACAAGCGGCACGCCUCCUCCAGCGAGGAAUUCUCGGAUUUCAGCGACGACUCCGAGCCCAGCCCGGGGGAGAAAUCGCACCGGAAAUACCGGGAGUACAGCCCGGCCUACGGGUCCCACCAGUACUCCCAGUUGCCCCGCAAGCCGCACCCCAAGUCCGACCCCAAGCCCUUCGGGGGCCCCUUCGAGGAUUUCGACCCCGACGAUUUCGGGCCCUUCGAGGCCGACGAGGACGAGGAGGGAGCCAAGGACGGCUACGACGACUUUGCCAAGGAGCUCAACCAGUACAGGCGCUCCAAGGACGGCUCCCAUCGAGCCAGAGGCCGUGGCCGUGCCCGGGGUUUCCGUGGCCGGGGCCGGGGCCCCGCGCGGGGUCGGGGGCUGGGCCGGGGCCGGGGCCGCGCCCGCAGCGACCCCGAGGAGGAGGAGGAGCCCUACGAGGAGGAGAUGGAGUACUGUGACCCCGAGGAGCCGCUGGGCGACGACGACUUUGACGAUUACGCCAAGGAGCUGUCGCAGUACCGGCGCAGCAAGGAGCGGGGCCGGGGGCUGAGCCGAGGCCGGGGCCGGGGCCGGGGCCGGGGGAACAAAGGUUUGGGUCGGGGCCGGGGCCGAGGCCGGAGCUCGAUGGGGAAAUCCGGGAUCAACGACGACGACGAUUUCUACGACGAUGACAUGGGGGACGGGGGCGGGUACCGGCGGGGCGAGCACGACAAAUCUCACCUGGGCUCGGACAAGAAGGGCAAAGUGAUCUGCAAGUACUUCGUGGAGGGCAGGUGCACCUGGGGCGACCACUGCAACUUCAGCCACGACAUCGAGCUGCCCAAGAAACGGGAACUGUGCAAGUUCUACAUCACGGGGUACUGCGCCCGCGCCGAGAGCUGCCCCUACAUGCACGGGGAUUUCCCGUGCAAGCUGUUCCACACCACCGGGCUCUGCAUCAACGGCGACGAUUGCAUGUUCUCGCACGCGCCGCUCACCGAGGAGACCAGAGAGCUGCUGGACAAGAUGCUGCAGGAGGACGCCGAGGCGGGCGCUGAGGACCAGAAGGAGGUGGAGGAGCUGAAGAAGCAGGGAAUCAACCCCCUGCCCAAACCCCCCCCGGGCGUGGGGCUCCUCCCCACCCCCCUCCGCCCCCCCGGGCCCUGCCCCUCCCCCCCCCCGGGCGGGCCCUGCCCCUCCCCCCCCCCGGGGCCUCCCCCUCCCGCCCCUCCCCCCAUGGAGGGGCCCCCCCUGGAGCCCCCCCCGGAUCCUUUCAAGAAGAUUCCGUCGCUCUUCGAGAUCGUGGUCAGGCCCACGGGGCAGCUGGCCGAGAAACUGGGGCACAGGCACCCCGGCGCCCCUCCCCCCCCUCGCUUCGAGCCGCCCCUCCCCCACCCGGGGCUGCCCCUCCCCCCCCCGGGGGCCGAGCCCGGGGGGUUCUACGAGGGGGGAGGGACGGGGUUCUACCCCCAGGAGGGGGGGAUGGGCAGGGAGACCCCCCCGGGGGGGGGCGAGGGCGCAGACGAUUUCCUCCCCUACGACUCCUCGGAGCCGCCCGGGGGGGAUCCGCUGUACCCGGAGGAGCCCGAGGGACCCUCGGGGAUUCCGGGGAUUCCCCCGGGGAUUCCCCCUGGGAUUCCCUCGGGGAUUCCCCCCGGGAUUCCCCCCGGGAUUCCCCCCGGGAUUCCCCCGGGAAUUCCCGAGUUUCUGCCCUCGGGGGCUCAGCGGCUCCUGCUGCGCAUCCGGCACCGCCAGAGGGCGCCCGAGGGCGGCAGGAGGGGAGCGGGGGGAGAGACCCGCGGCGACAGGGAGCAUGAGGAGGGAGACCCCCCCAGCUGGUACUCCAGCGACGAAGACGACGGCGCCGGCAGCGUCACCUCCAUCCUCAAAUCCCUGCGCCAGCAAAGCUCCACCCGCCCCCAAAACCCCCCUGGGGACCCCCCUGGAGACCCCAGACCCCCCAGAGCCCCCAGACCCAGCGACCCCAGACUCAGGGACCCCAGACUGGCCCGAAAUCCCGACCUCACCCCCGGCGACCCCGGCCCCUCGGACCCGCGCCUGGCCCGGCACUGCCCCCGCCCCGAACCCCCCAAACCGCCCCAAAUCAACGCUGAGGAUGAGGAUGGAGAGCGAAUCCUGCGGGAAAAACCUCUGAGCAUCCCCCUGGAGCCUCUCCCCGGCCAUUCCCAACGGGAUCCUCGCUGGGAGCUCCAACAAUUCUCCCACAUCCGCAAGGAUCUGGUGCUGGCGCGGCCCAACUUCGCUCGCUCCGUGCUGUGGAGCCCCGAGGAUUUGAUCCCCCUGCCCAUCCCCAAGCAGGAUUUUCCUCUCAGGCCUCCCUCAGACCCGAGGCAACAACGUCCAGCAGGGCCUGACCCUUCUUCCUCCUCCCCAUCCUCAUCCUCAUCGUCCUCAUCGACGUCGGCGCUGCCGGAUUUCGAGCUGCUGUCGCGGAUUCUCAAAACUGUGACGGCUUCAUCAUCAUCAUCAUCAUCGUCAGGAGGGGACAAACCGAGCGAUCCCCGAGUCAGGAAAGAUCCCAGGCUGCAAAAAUCUUUGGACAACGCCCGAGGGAGCGAGGGGGAGGCGGCGGCAGCUCCGGCCAUCGCCCCCUACGACCCCAGGCUGAGCUGGGGCAGCUCCGGGCAGAGCAGCGUGCUCAGCGCCAUCAGCCUCUACGACCCCAGGACUCCUCCCAAAGAACCCCAAAACGAGGGGAACCCACCCCAAAAACCCAGCUUGGAUUCGGGGAAAAACCCCAAAGCCAAAGAGCCGCCCUUCGUGCGGCGCUCGGCGCUGGAGCAGGCGGAAAAUCCGGAGAGGGCGGAGGGGACGGACAGGUACAACAGCUACAACAGGCCCAGGGGGAAAAUGAGCUGUGCAGGGGAGGGGGGAGGGGCUCAGCACGGCCUCCCCCCCGCCCCCACCGUGUUUGGGGUGGGCAAAGUCGGGGGGAGCCCCCGGGAGGAGCCCCCUGAGGAUGGGGAUAAAUCGCUCAAGGAUGUGUUCAAAGGGUUCGACCCCACGGCGUCGCCCUUCUGUCAGUGAGGGGGGACAGGGUGGGGGUGGAUUCACACAGAAUCCAGCCAGGUGUGAUCAGAAUCCAGCCAGGUGUGCUCUAAAUGGGGUCAGGUGUGGUGGAAAUGGGGUCAGGUGGGGUUAAAUCAACUCAAAUUUGCUCAAAAUCCAUUCAAAAUCUGGUCAGGUUUGCUCAAAUCCACCCAAAAUCCAUCCAAGUGUGCUCUAAAUGGGGUCAGGUGGGGAUAAAUGCACUCAAAUUUGAUCAAAAUCCACUCAAAAUCCGGUCAGGUGUGGUUAAAUCCACCCAAAACCCAUCCAGGUGUGGUGGAAAUGGGGUCAGGUGGGGUGAAAUCCACCCAGAAUCCAGCCAGGUGUGGUGGAAAUGGGGUCAAGUGGGGGUAAAUCCACUCAAAUUCACCUAAAAUCCUCUCAAAAUCUGGUCAGGUGUGGUUAAAUCCACCCAGAAUCCAGCCAGGUGUGCUCGAAAUCCAGCCAGGUGCGGUGGAAAUGGGGUCAGGUGGGGAUAAAUCCAUUCAGAUUUGUUCUAAAUCAACUCAAAAUCUGGUCAGGUUUGCUCAAAUCACCCCAGAUUUACCCAAAAUCCACCCAAAACCCAGUCAGGUCUGCCCAAAAUGGGGUCAGGUGGGGAUAAAUCCACUCAGAUUUGAUCAAAAUCCACUCAAAAUCUGGUCAGGUGUGGUUAAAUCCACCCAAAUCCACCCAGAAUCCAGCCAGGUGUGGUGGAAAUGGGGUCUGGUGUGGUUAAAUCCACUCAAAUUUGCUCAAAAUCCAUUCAAAAUAUGGUCAGGUGUGCCCAAAAUGGAAUUAAAUCCACCCAAAAUCUGGUCAGGUUUGCUCAAAUCCACCCAAAAUCCAGCCAGGUGUGCUCUAAAUGGGGUCAGGUGGGGAUAAAUCCACUCAAAUUUGAUCAAAAUCCACUCAAAAUCCAGUCAGGUCUGCCCAAAAUGGGGUCAGGUGGGGAUAAAUCCACUCAAAUUUGUUCUAAAUCCACCCAAAAUCCGACUAGGUCUGCUCAAAAUAGGGUCAGGUGUGGUGGAAAUGGAGUCAGGUGUGGUUAAAUCCAUUUAAAUUUGGUCAAAAUCCAUUCAAAAUCUGGUCAGGUCUGUUCAAAUUUACCCAGCUCCACCCAAAAUCCAGUCAGGUGUGGUGGAAAUGGGGGCAGGUGGGGAUAAAUCCAUUCAAAUUUAUCCAAAAUCCACUCAAAAUCUGGUCAGGUGUGGUUAAAUCCACUCAAAUUUGCUCAAAAUCCACUCAAAAUCUGGUCAGGUCUGUUCAAAUUUACCCAAAUCCACCCAAAAUUUGGUCAGGUUUUCUCAAAAUCCACCCAGGUUUGCCCAAAUCCGCUCAAAAUCUGGUUAGGUCUGCUCAAAUCUAUCCAGAUUUACCCAAAAUCCACCCAAAAUCGGGUCAGGUGUGCCCAAAAUGGGGUCAGGUGGGGAUAAAUCCACUCAAAUCUGCUCAAAAUCCAUUCAAAGUAUGGUUAGGUGUACCCAAAAUGGAAUUAAAUCCACCCAAAAUCUGGUCAGGUUACCCAGAUUUAUCCAAAAUCCAUCCAGGUCUGCUCAAAUCUACCCAAAAUCUGGUCAGGGCUGCUCAAAUGAUCCCAAAAUUUGGUCAGGUCUUCCCAAACCCCCCCAAAUUUAUCCAAAAUCCACCCAAAAUUUGCUCAGGUUUGCUCAAAUCCACCCAAAAUCCAGCCAGGUGUGUUCAAAAUGGGGUCAGGUGGGGAUAAAUCCACUCAGAUUUGCCCAAAAUCCACUCAAAAUCUGGUCAGGUGUGCCCAAAAUUGGGUCUGGUGUGGUUAAAUCCACUCAAAUUUGGUCAAAAUCCAUUCAAAAUCUGGUCAGGUUUGCCCAAAAUGUAAUUAAAUCCACCCAAAAUCCAGUCAGAUCUUCCCAAAUUUACCCAGAUUUAUCCAAAAUCCACCCAAAAUUUGGUCAGGGCCGCUCAAAAUGGAAUUAAAUCCACCCAAAAUUCAUCCAGGUUUGCUCAAAUCCAUCCAAAUUUAUCCAAAAUUCCCCCAAAAUUUAGUGAGGUGUGACCAAAUUACCCAAAUCCACCCAAAAUUCACCCAAAAUUUGGUCAGAUGUCCCCAAAUCCACCCAAAUUUAUCCAAAAUCCACCCAAAAUUUGGUCAGGGCUGCUCAAAAUUUAAUUAAAUCCACCCAGAAUUCAUCCAGGUUUGCUCAAAUCCAUCCAAAUUCCCCCAAAAUUCCCCCAAAAUUUGGUCAGGAGUCCCAAAAUCCACCCAGGUUUUCCCAAAUUUGCCCAAAUUUAUUCAAAAUUCACCCAAAAUCCACUCAGAAUUUGGUCAGGGCUGCUCAAAAUCCACCCAAAAUUCACCCAAGUGUCCCAAAAUUCACCCAAAUUUAUCCAAAAUCCACCUAAAUCCACCCAAAAUUUGGUCAGGUUUGCUUAAAUUUACCCAAAUUUAUCCAAAAUUCACCCAAAAUUUGGUCAGGUUUGCUCAAAUCCACUCAAAUUCACCCAAAAUCCACCUGAAUUUAUCCAAAAUUCACCCAGAUUUAUCCAAAAUUCCCCCAAAUUUGCCCAAAAUUCCCCAAAUUUCCUCAAACCUGCCCAGAUUUAUCCAAAAUUCGCCCCAAAAUCGAGAUUUUUCAACCCAAAAAUUAAUUAUUUUUACCCCACAAACGAGAUUUUCAUUGAAAAAUUGAAAUUUUCUAC